AUGACAGAUGAAUAUGCAGGAAGAUAUGGCUGCUACUAUGACAGCCACCAUUACAAGUCAGAGCAGAGUGACCCUUUGGAGCUGGUGGUGAUAGAAGUCAACAGCAAAUCCACCCUUUCAGUCCUGCCAAGUCCUAUUGUGAACUCAGGAGGGAACGUGACUCUCCAGUGUAGCUUACAGAGAAGACGUGACAGUUUUGUUCUUGAUAUAGAAGGAAAAAAUCUCUCCUGGACUCCACACUCACUGCAACAAUCAACUGGGCAGUUCCAGGCCCUAUUCCCUGUGGGCCCCAUAACUCCCAGUCACAAGUGGACAUUCAGAUGCUAUGGCUAUAACAGUAGAACACCCCAUGUGUGGUCAAAACCAAGUGAGCCCCUGGACAUCCUGGUCUCAGGAUACCUCCCUGACAAACCCUCCCUCUCGGCGCAGCCAGGCCUCACAGUGGCCUCAGGAAAGAAUGUGACCCUGUUGUGCCAGUUAGAGAGCCCAGUGGACAUUUUUUUUCUGUCCAAGGAGGGGGCGGCCAGUCCUCCACUGCAUCUAAGAGCAAAGUACCAAGCUCAGCUGUACCAGGGAGAGUUCUCCUUCAGUCCUGUGACCUCAAACCAUGGGGGUACCUACAGAUGUUAUGGCUCAAACCACACCUCCUACCUGUUGUCAAACUCCAGUGCCCCCCUGGAGCUGGUUGUCUCAGAAUCCCUGGGUGGCCCCAGCUCCCCACCCACAGGGCCCAUCUCCACAGCUGGUUUGGAAAGGUACCUGGAGAUUCUGAUUGGGUUCUCCGUGGCCUUGGUUCUGCUUCUCUUCCUCCUCCUCUUCCUCUUCCUCCGACACCGUCUUCAGGGCAAACAUAAGACAUCAGAUACUACCCUGAAGGGCACACAGCCUGAGAACCAGGCAGAGCUGGACAUUCUGAGCCCACAUGAUGAAGAUCCCCAGGGAGCGAUGUAUGCCCACGUGAACCUCUCCAGACUCAGGUGUGGAAUGACCUCUCCCUCUUUUGUCCAGUCAGGAAAAUUCCUGGACACAAAGAACAGACAAACAGAAGAGGACUGGCAGAGGGACAGUCAGGUGGGUCUUUUCCUCUUCAUGUUCACAGACUUCCCUCCACUCCAACCACAUACAGCCCUUCUAACUAUCCCAUCAUUGCAGACUGCUGUAUCUGAAGACCCCCAUGAGGUGACCUAUGCCCAGCUGCAUACCUUGAAUCUCAGACAGAGGACAGCUGAAUCAUAUUUGUCCCAGGAAGGUGAUACUCCAUUUGAACCCAGUGUGUAUACAACUCUGGCCAUCCACUAA